CGGAGGGGGAAGGACGCCAUGACCAAACCUAAACCUGAAGGCACUUUCUUCUUUCGUUCUUCGGAUAUCCACUUCGUCUUCUUCCUCUUAGCUCUCCUUCCGUUCCCCUAAUCCCUCCUCUUAUCCUCUCCCCAAUUUAUCUCUUUCUCGCAGUUUCACACUAUUGGAAAUACCAAAUACACAGAGACGUUCAUCCAAUGGCUUCGGCAUCUCCAGUUGAUUAUGCAAUCCUAAAACGUUCUCGAAAAUCACAAGGUUCAUAAGAAGAACUUACAAGGUUUGCGCGUUCCUUUUGUCCUGUUUUUGUUCAAGAUUAGGGCGUGGAUUUGAUGUUGCUUGUUUCUGGCUGAACCUACGGAUAAUUUCCGGUUCGAUUCUGUCGUAGAUUGUUGGCGUUACUUCUUGUAUACGCGAUGCGUUUAUCGCAGAGGAGGAAGCAUCAGCUUCCUCGGCCGUGCGCCUGUGAAUGCGAUCGAUGGACACCUACCAAGAAGCGUAAGAAACUUUUUGACAUCCAUUCUGAUUCUCCGCCUAGUAGAAGUACCAAUAGUUCCAAGCCUGACGAGGGUGUGCCUUCCGGGGAAAAUGGGGACGAUGGCGGUCCAUCGAACGAAUACGGUCUCCGUAGGAGCUCCCGCAUUCGUAAGGCCGUUAACCGGGAUCCUCCUUCGUCCCACAGCUCAAGAAUCGGCAAAGGAGGUAGGACGAAUGGUUCAUUUAGCAAAAGCCCGAUUGGUUUGGGUGACAGAAUGCGAAAAAAGAGGCUGAGAUCGCCGUCUCUCAUCGUCGACGCAGAUGCUUCUAUUGAUUGGGAUGUCAGGCUGCGGUCCAGGCAUAAGCGACCUGUGAUCGAGGAGGAAAAGGGGAGUCCUAUAACUGGGAGCAAGGGAAGACCGAGACAGAGUAAAAGGAAACUGCUGCGGGAUAUUGAUGAAUGUAUCUUGAGACUGGAUGAGACGAAGAACAAUGGUUCUUUGGUAGAGGAAUCGACCAGGGGGAUGACUGAUCGAUUUUCUGUGGCUGACAAGGUUGGCAGGGGGGAAAGUGAGUCUGAUGAGUCGACUAGUUCCCAUGACAGCAGUGGACAGAGUAUGGAUCUUGAUGGGGGGAGAUCCUCUGGUGUGAACAAUUACGUAGAUGGCAAUGACUCCUGUUCUCAUGAAUCAUCGGAUGAUGAAUCUAGCGACACUUGUAUAGCACAUGGUCGACGUUCUCUCAGAAUUUUUAGUAAGAAAAAAAUAGAGUCUAGAGGAAAAAAGAAUAGCAUAGUUGAUGAUGAGCGCAACAAGUUCAUUGGAAGAAGUGAUGACAGUGGAAGUAGAAAUAAAAUGCCUAAAACAAUGGUUUCGAGACAAGAUAGUCAUGUUGAUAUUGACAAGAAGAGUGAUUUGAAUGAAUUGAGAACACAAAAAGCUGGUGGUCCUACUGCAGUAGUUGUAGUAACGCAUGAUGAAGACAAUGGAGCAGUCAAAUUACAGCGUGAUCAAAUUGAUGAAAGCAAUACAGGAAUUAUCGUUCAAAUUGGAGAGAAGAACCGGUCUGUAGUGAAUGGUGACAUUUGCGCGGACAACACUGGAUGGCAAGAUGUAAGUAGAGGAGAACACACUGAAAUGGUGCAUGAUGGUACAGAAAAUCAGAAUGUUGAGAAAUCUGACAUGAUAUCCCACCUUACUGAUCUGGAAAACAGUUCUGCAGUCAAUGAUUCAGUUCAUAUUUCUCAAGCAGAUCUCCAUUAUGAUGCAUCUGUUAAGAAUUUUGCAGCUAGACGUUCCACAGAUGCAAAACAGCCACUUGCCUUUAAUGAUACAGAGAUGCAUCCUCCAAUAGAUUUACAUAACCGUCCUGAUGCUUCACAUGGAUCAGUGUAUCAACAUGAUCAGGUAGACAUUGUUCAUGGGGUAAAAGAGCAAGUAAAAGCACUACCACUAGAUGCUGAUGCUCAAGUUGAUGAGCAUAAUGUGCCAUCUCCCAGGGCCCGUCAUUCUGGAGGCUCGGCCAUAGCUGAAAAUGAGGGAGAAAUCAAUUUUGUUGACACUCAAAAGAUUGUUUUAUCAGGUAUACCUGGUGGGGAUCCAGUUAAGGACACAAUUGAGGACAACUCAAGAAAUGUUGCUUCAGGAACUAGUGCUGCAAAUGAUUUAGUUGAAGAGGACAAAAUGGAUGUCAAUAAAUUGCCAAGCGAUAACCUUGAAAAGAAUGAUUGGGUGGAAGGCCGAAGAUGUGGGUUAUGUGGCUGUGGUGUUGAUGGGAAACCUCCAAAGAAAUGGUCUCAUGAAUGUAAUGGGAGCGAUAUUGAGGCAUAUAAUUUAUCAGCUUCAGAAGAGCCUAACUAUGACAUAUGGGAUGGAUUUGGUGAUGAACCUGGUUGGCUUGGGAGACUUUUGGGCCCCAUACAUGACCGCUUUGGCAUUGCUGGUGUCUGGGUCCAUCAACAUUGUGCUGUUUGGAGCCCCGAGGUUUAUUUUUCUGGUGUGGGGUGUCUGAAAAAUGUCAGAGCAGCACUUUGCAGAGGAAGAGCAUUGAAGUGUAGCCGAUGUGGGAGGCCAGGAGCGACCAUUGGAUGUCGAGUCGACCGGUGCCCUAGAACCUAUCACCUGCCCUGUGGACGAGCAGAUGGUUGUGUCUUUGACCAUCGUAAAUUCCUUAUAGCAUGUACAGAUCAUCGCCAUCUCUUUCAGCCUCUAGGUAACCAGUACUUCCAAAGGAUAAACAAACUGAAAGUAAGAAAGAUCAAGGCAGAUACGAGGAAGAAGUCAGCAGAUGCUCGGCGUAAGGACCUGGAGGCAGAGGAGAAAUGGCUUGAGAACUGUGGCGAGGAUGAAGAGUUUCUGAAGCGUGAAGGCAAGAGACUCCAUCGAGAUAUUUCAAGAAUUUUACCGAUAUACAUUGGAGGUUCUGGUGGUGAAAGUCUAUUUGAGGGCUGGGAAUCUGUAGCAGGGCUUGAAGAUGUUGUGCAGUGCCUGAAAGAGGUUGUCAUAUUGCCUCUUCUAUAUCCUGAAUAUUUUAGUAACCUUGGGCUUACACCUCCCAGGGGAGUCCUUUUGCAUGGAUAUCCUGGGACAGGUAAGACACUUGUUGUGCGUGCGCUAGUAGGGGCUUGCUCUCGUGGGGAGAGAAGGAUUGCAUACUUUGCUCGAAAAGGUGCAGAUUGUUUAGGGAAGUAUGUGGGUGAUGCUGAGCGACAACUGAGAUUGUUAUUUCAUGUUGCGGAGAAAUGUCAACCGUCCAUAAUUUUUUUUGAUGAGAUCGAUGGUUUAACACCUGUUCGCUCGAAGCAACAAGAUCAGACUCAUAGCUCUGUUGUAUCAACUCUUCUUGCUCUCCUUGAUGGCUUAAAAUCUCGAGGAUCAGUCAUAGUAAUUGGCGCAACUAAUCGUCCUGAUUCUAUAGAUCCUGCAUUGAGGCGGCCAGGGAGAUUUGACAGGGAAAUUUAUUUUCCUCUACCAUCAUUGAAAGAUCGUUCUGCUAUUCUUGCUCUUCAUACUCAGAAAUGGCCUAAAGCUGUUUCUGGCUCUCUAUUGUGGAGGAUUGCUAGAGAAACUGCUGGAUAUGCUGGUGCAGAUUUGCAGGCUCUUUGCACCCAGGCCGCAAUGAUUGCUUUGAAGAGAAACUGUCCCUUGCAGGAGAUUUUAGCUGCUGCAGAGAAGCAGCCUUCUAAUGGCAAUCGUUGUGCACUUCCAUCUUUUUUUGUGGAAGAAAAAGAUUGGUUGAAUGCCCUCGCAUGUGCCCCUCCUCCAUGUUCUCGUAGAGAAGCAGGCAUAGCUGCAAAUGACGUGCUCACUUCUCCUCUUCAGGCUGAUCUUGUUCCAUGCUUACUGAAGCCUUUUGUGCAGUUGCUUGUUUCUUUGUACAUUGAUGAGUUCAUUUUCUUGCCUCCUCUGUUGCAAAAGGCGGGAAAGAAGAUAAAGGAUAUGCUUCUUUCUACUAUGGUAGUCAAACAUGGUUCAUCUAAUUCAUGGUGGUCUAAUCUAUGUUCUCCGUUACAAGAGUCAGAUACUGCAUUAGAAGUGGAGAAGAGUCUUUCUUCAAUUGGGCUGAUAGGUGCCAAUAUCUUGUUUAGUGCCUCUGAAAAUUUUUCAUUAGCUGAUAAUGACUGUGAGAUAUCUGAUGUUUUUGAUAUGAAAGUUCAUCUAUCUGGUAUUCCUUCAAAUCGUGCACACCUUUUGGAGAAAAAUAGAACAGGAUUUCGGGUGUUGAUUGCUGGUAGUCCUAGCUCUGGUCAAAAGCAUCUGGCUUCUUGUGUUCUUCAUGGCUUUGAGGGCAAUGUUGAAAUCCACAAAGUCAAUCUGGCAACAAUAUCUCAAGAAGGGAGAGGAGAUUUAGUUCAGGGGAUAACAAACAUUCUGAUGAAAUGUCAAAGGAGUGGCUUAUGCAUACUUUACAUGCCUAGAAUUGAUUUAUGGGCCAUUGACAACCUCAAGUGUGAGCCAAUUUGUACAGAAUCAGGAGAAUUAGGAGUCAGUUUGGAAAACAAUGGUUUAAUCACAUCAGAGGCAUGGAAUUCACUGGUGGGGCACAUUGAUUCAAUGUGUUCUACCUCAUUGAUUAUUGUGGCUACUUGUGAGAUGCCAAGUCAUGUUCUCCCUCUCAGGGUAAAAACUUUCUUUAAGAAUGACAUGCUUACCCUUGCACCCAAGACAACCUCGGCAAGGAAAGAGCCAUUCUUUUUGGUUAAUCUUGAUGGGAGAUUUAACUGGGACAUGAUGUGUAAUAUCUCUGCUGAGAAACUAUCCAGAGAUUUGAUUUGUCUAUAUAUUCAGAUAAUCCAUAACAAAAAGCAUCCUGCUUCGGACCAUUUUGACACUGCAGUGGGUAGUUUUCCAACUCACAGAUGCCUACCGGGAAACCAUAGGGGUGGUGAUGAAACUUCAAUUGCAACCCAUCCAGAAGCAUUUGCUUCAAAAGGUAGCGAACAUGACCUUUCUAUGCAAUGUGGGAAUGGUGACAAUAGGUCAUUUCAGGCGGUGGCAUCUGCUGUGCAAUCAUCUGUGCAGCCGAAUCAAGGGUCUGAUUCAAGUAUUCCUUCUCACAAGACCAGUAUCAAGAUGAAAUCCUUGCAAUUGGCUAUAGCCACAUUUGGCUUUCAGAUCCUAAAAUAUCCACAUUUUGCAGAGCUCUGUUGGGUAACAUCAAAACUUAAAGAAGGUCCAUGUACAGAUACUUAUGGGCCAUGGAAGGGUUGGCCAUUUAAUUCUUGCGUAGCACGUCCUUGUGCAUCACAAAGAUCUGUUGCAUCAGAGGAUAGAUCUGCUAAGAACAGAAGUGUAGAAUCUAGUUCUGUUGUGAGAGGCUUGGUGGCUGUUGGCUUGUUGGCUUACAGGGGUGCAUAUAAAACUGUAUUGGAGGUUGCUUUGGAUGUCAGGAAGGUUCUUGAACUUUUAGUUGCACAGAUUAGAGCUAAGAUUCUUGAUGGGAAGGAUAGAUAUCGUUUUCUGCGUGUUUUGUCUCAAGUGGCCUAUCUGGAAGAUGUGGUCAACACCUGGGCGUAUUCUACACAAAGAUUGGAGCUUGAUGGUCAAAUCUUGGACGUGGAUUCUCAUCCUUCUUCCAAGGGAAGUACUUGCACUGAUGCUUAUGAGAAAAGUGGGAACUUUCCUAAUGAAACAGACAAAGCCGUUCCUGCCAACUGCGAAGGAAGUCAUCUGAACAUAAUUGAACAUGGAUAUGUAGAGGAUGUAAAGCAAUUUGGUCCUGUAAUGACCCCAGAAGAUGGUGUGGAUGCAGCUCUCCAUAAAGGAACUAAUGCUCCUGAUGGUUCCAUUUCUAGUGUUAGAGAGUUAGCUUUGGGCGAAGAAGAGAUGCCUGUGGAGAUGGAUGUUGAACAUCCUUGUAAUGCUGUUAUACACAUUCAGACUUCUGGCAGUGAUAAUGUUUUGCUAGUUACACAGAGCACUUCAGACAAGGUUUCUGCAGAUGAUCAUUUGAAACUUGAGGAAGCAAAUGUUGCUUCACGUGAGAUGAUUAAUGGCAAGCUUGUGUUCUCUGAACAAUCAAAUGCUGAUGUUGUAUUGACCACUAUUUGCAGUUCUGAUGAUGGUAUUGCUGGUUGUGCAGAUUUAUCAAAUGGUCAUGCUGAAACUAAAUCCAAAAGCUUCAGUCCUUCAUCUGCCAGUUCCAGCUAUUUGUGCCAAUAUGAAUGUUGUUCUAAGUGCUUGCAUCUGGUCUAUCAUCUUAUUCGUGAAGUUCUAAUGACUCGCUGGAAAUCUGCAGCUCACACUACUCUAGAGGAUGCUCAUCAUGUUGUAGCGUCAUGUUCUGCAAUUUUUUUGGCAGCGAUAAGGAAACUUUAUGCAAAAGAAACCAAUAAUGACAUGGAAAAUGCUUAUAGUACAGGCAUGACAGACCAAACCCUUAGUAGAUACUGCCUGUGUCCAGUUGGAAGUGCUACUGGUUCCAAGGAGACAUCAAACUGGCCCAUAAAAAUGGAAAUGGAACUUGUGCCAACUGAAUGUAAUUCUCACUUGGAAGACAGAAGUUCCGUAAAUGCUCCUUUCCAGUCAGAAUUUAAAGUUUUUAUUAGAGAUUACGCUGUUCUGCUUUCAGAUGCAGGACAUGAUGUUGACCUCCACUGCAAAUUUGAGCAUAUUUGUCUCUGUUCUCUGAUCAGGCACCUUUUAGAGAUUUCCUUGUGAUUGUUAGAACUAAAUUAUGUUGGUGUCAGCUGCUUGGGCACCCAUGGAUGUCAAGAUGAUGCUUGAUCACAUUGCACUUGCUCACCGCUUGAGGAAAUUGCAAGAGGCAGAUGCCUAGCUAAUGAGGUUAGUGUUGCAUAACUUGGCGGGGCUGAUUCUAUACUAAAUGACUGAUCAAAAGAGCAAGCUCAAUCUCCGAUUUCUGCAAAUGUAACACAGUAGCAGAUGCCGAUUUUGUAGAUCUUUUCGGCAUAUGCAGCUGAUAUUUGGUCACCUGAGCAUGGAGGAUGGAUUAACCUACUGAUCGCUGGGAAUUGAUAGUGGUAUGUUCCGAGGCUGAUUUCCUUCUAAUAGUAAUAAAAGGAAUUCCAUUUUGAAAAGAAAAGGAAAAAGUUAAUCUAGAAAAUUCGUUUUGAUUUUCACAAUUUUUGAUUUUUUUUUUCAUUUUAAAUGCGGUAUGUAAUGUAAAUAUACAGAAAAAAGGGUUGUCUGCUUGAAGAAGGGGAAAAAAAUCCAAGAGCUUUUGCAUUA